GGGGACGGCGGGGUGGGAGGGAGAGGCGGAGGCGACCGAGCUCGCCGCGGCGUUGACGGGCAGAUGUGGUUCUGGACAUGGUGAGCAUGUGACUUCAAAGAUGGACAACUGGAUCUGUUACAAAUUCUGAUUGGCCUUAAGCUGACUUACAAACACUAAAGAGCUUCACGGGAUUUCUCUCAUUCCUAAUUUAUGCCUGUCUAAUUGCCUCACACCACCAGCUUAAUCAUGUAUGGAAGUGCUCGGUCAGUUGGCAAGGCUGAGCCAAGCAACCAGAGUCCAGGGCGUUCACCAAGGCUGCCACGGUCACCACGCUUGGGCCAUCGUCGAACCAACAGCACUGGAGGCAGUUCUGGCAGCAGUACUGGGGGAGGCAGUGGGAAAACCCUUUCUAUGGAAAACAUUCAGUCCUUAAACGCUGCCUAUGCUACGUCUGGCCCUAUGUAUCUCAGUGACCAUGAGAACGUCGGUGCAGACACCCCAAAAAGCACCAUGACUUUGGGCCGGUCUGGGGGGCGGCUGCCUUAUGGUGUUAGGAUGACUGCAAUGGGUAGCAGCCCUAACAUUGCCAGUAGUGGAGUUGCCAGUGAUACUAUCGCGUUUGGAGAGCACCAUCUUCCUCCAGUGAGUAUGGCGUCCACUGUGCCUCACUCGCUUCGCCAGGCCAGGGAUAACACCAUCAUGGAUCUGCAGACGCAACUCAAAGAAGUAUUAAGGGAAAACGAUCUGCUUCGCAAGGAUGUGGAGGUGAAAGAAAGCAAGCUGAGUUCUUCCAUGAACAGCAUCAAGACCUUCUGGAGUCCUGAGCUAAAAAAAGAAAGAGCUCUGAGGAAAGAUGAAGCUUCAAAAAUCACCAUUUGGAAGGAACAGUAUAGAGUUUUGCAAGAAGAAAACCAGCAUAUGCAGAUGACUAUCCAGGCUCUUCAAGAUGAACUUCGGAUCCAGCGGGACCUGAACCAACUGUUCCAGCAGGACAGCAGCUCUAGAACCAGUGAGCCCUUUGUGGCAGAGCUGACAGAGGAAAACUUUCAGCGGCUUCACACAGAGCAUGAGCGCCAGGCCAAGGAACUCUUCCUCCUACGUAAAACCUUAGAAGAGAUGGAACUGCGCAUUGAGACACAGAAACAGACCUUAAAUGCACGCGAUGAAUCCAUCAAAAAGCUGCUGGAGAUGCUGCAGAGUAAAGGUCUGUCAGCAAAAGCCACUGAGGAAGAUCAUGAACGAACAAGGCGGUUGGCUGAGGCAGAGAUGCAUGUGCACCACUUGGAGAGCCUUCUCGAACAGAAGGAAAAAGAAAACAACAUGCUGAGAGAGGAGAUACAUCGACGGUUUGAAAAUGCUCCUGACUCAGCCAAGACAAAGGCUCUGCAAACUGUUAUUGAGAUGAAGGAUUCGAAAAUUUCUUCCAUGGAGCGUGGCCUCCGGGAUUUGGAAGAGGAGAUUCAGAUGUUGAAGUCAAAUGGAGCUCUGAGCACAGAGGAGCGUGAAGAAGAAAUGAAGCAAAUGGAGGUGUACCGUAGUCAUUCCAAAUUCAUGAAAAAUAAGGUAGAGCAACUGAAGGAAGAGCUAAGUGCCAAAGAGGUUCAAGGGGAGGACCUGAAAAAAAGAGUGGCUGGUCUCCAGGCCGAGAUUGGCCAGGUGAAACAGGAGCUGUCACGCAAAGACACAGAGUUGCUAGCCUUGCAGACAAAGCUGGAGACCCUCACAAAUCAGUUCUCUGACAGCAAGCAGCAUAUUGAAGUUCUGAAAGAGUCUCUUACAGCUAAAGAGCAAAGAGCUGCCAUUCUGCAGACGGAGGUGGAUGCAUUACGCUUACGUCUGGAGGAGAAAGAGACCAUGCUAAAUAAGAAGACAAAGCAGAUUCAGGAGAUUGCAGAGGAGAAAGGCACUCAAGCAGGAGAGAUCCAUGAUCUCAAGGAUAUGUUAGAGGUGAAGGAACGCAAAGUUAACGUUCUUCAGAAGAAGAUUGAAAAUCUUCAAGAGCAGCUAAGAGACAAGGAAAAGCAAAUGAGCAGUUUAAAGGAUCGAGUGAAAUCCUUGCAGGCUGACACCACCAAUACUGACACUGCCUUGACCACGCUGGAAGAAGCACUUGCCGAAAAAGAAAGGACCAUUGAGCGCCUAAAGGAGCAACGGGACAGAGAUGAACGAGAAAAACAGGAAGAGAUUGACACCUACAAAAAAGACAUUAAGGACCUGAAAGAGAAAGUCAGCAUUUUACAAGGAGAUCUCACAGAGAAAGAGUCAUCCUUACUGGAUCUGAAGGAGCAUGCUUCAUCCUUAGCUUCAUCAGGACUGAAGAAAGAUUCAAGGCUUAAGACACUGGAAAUUGCAUUGGAACAGAAAAAGGAAGAAUGUUUGAAAAUGGAAACUCAAUUGAAGAAGGCUCAUGAGGCAACUCUUGAGGCAAGGGCCAGCCCAGAGCUGAGUGAUCGCAUGCAGCAGCUGGAGCGGGAGGUAACGAGGUUUCGGGAAGAGUCAAGUAAGGCUCAAGCUGAAGUGGAUCGUCUUCUGGAAAUCUUGAAGGAGAUGGAAAAUGAGAAGAAUGAUAAAGAUAAGAAAAUUGCAGAACUGGAGAGGCAAGUUAAAGAUCAAAAUAAGAAAGUAGCAAAUCUGAAGCACAAAGAGCAAGUGGAGAAGAAGAAGAGUGCACAAAUGCUGGAGGAGGCCAGGAGACGAGAGGAUAAUCUUAAUGACAGCUCCCAACAGCUUCAGGACAAUCUGCGUAAAAAGGAUGAUCGGAUUGAAGAAUUGGAAGAGGCACUCAGAGAAAGUGUUCAGAUAACUGCAGAGCGAGAAAUGGUGCUAGCACAAGAGGAGUCAGCCAGGAUCAAUGCUGAGAAACAGGUAGAAGAGCUGAUGAUGGCCAUGGAGAAGGUUAAGCAGGAGCUGGAGUCGAUGAAAGCAAAAUUGUCUUCUACACAACAGUCUUUGGCUGAGAAGGAAACCCAUUUGACCAACCUACGAGCAGAAAGAAGAAAACAUUUGGAGGAGGUCCUGGAGAUGAAACAAGAAGCCCUUCUUGCUGCCAUUAGUGAAAAAGAUGCCAAUAUUGCUCUGCUAGAGCUUUCAUCCUCUAAGAAGAAGACUCAAGAUGAAGUGGCUGCCCUCAAACGAGAGAAAGAUCGCCUUGUGCAACAGCUCAAGCAGCAGACACAGAACCGUAUGAAGCUGAUGGCUGACAACUAUGAGGAUGAUCACCUCAAAUCCUCAUCCCAUUCCAACCAAACCAACCACAAGCCCUCCCCAGACCAGAUAAUUCAGCCCCUCUUAGAACUUGAUCAGAAUCGCAGCAAAUUGAAGCUGUACAUUGGACAUCUGACAGCCCUCUGCCAUGACCGUGACCCCUUGAUUCUGCGUGGACUCACCCCACCUGCUUCCUACCACUUGGAUGAUGACCAGGCAGCUUGGGAGAAAGAGCUGCAGAAGAUGACCCAGGAGCAGCUUCGUGACGAGUUAGAAAAGGGCGAGAAGGAAAGCGCAGAGCUGCAAGAGUUUGCCAACGCCAUUUUACAGCAGAUAGCAGAUCACUGCCCUGACAUCCUGGAGCAAGUCGUCAAUGCACUCGAGGAGUCGUCAUGACCUCGGCCGCUGGCCCCGCUGGAGCAGCGCACCAACGGCCGAGCCCAGUCAGUCCAAGGAGCCGUGAGAGUGGAGAGGAAUGUGAAAGACAGAAAAUGGAACAGAAACUUCUGGUGCACUUUUUGCAAGGAAAACAAAAACAAACAAAAACAAACACCUCUAAAAACUACAGGCUCUCUAGGUUCUUCCAGUCUAUGAUUAAUCAGUCAUGCUCAUGUUCAUCUUCUCACUGCCUUUCUACUUUAGCAUCCAAUUCCCUGCUGACUUGUUGGUAUUGGACUUUUGGAUACAGCUAAGCAGAGCUCUUCUGAGUCUCCUGAUCAAAGAGGGGAUCCACUGAAUACAAGAAGUUCUAGUUCUUCGUGAGGUUGCAGAUGGGUAGCCUUGCCUUUCAUUCAUUUAUUGCUUUUUUUUUUCUUCUCAUAAAAGCUGAAAGCCUCUAUUUCAUAGUGCUAAAAAUUAAACUUGAGUAUGCUCUGAUUGCGGCUCACAAAUGGCCAGCAUCAGCUAGCUAGCUCAGGUCUCACUGCCUGUCUCAAUGUUUCUUACAUUCUUAAAUAACAUAGAGAUGAAAGAAAGGUUUCCUUAUUACGUUCUGUGAGUGUCUUAAUCUAGCAGCUGGGAAACCAGGUAGGCAUGCUGGUACUUUCUUUUACUUAGCAUUAAUUUUUAUUGUUCACUGAUUUGACUCUGAAGUGCUGAGUGGGGCAUAUUUUCAGAUAACAGUUUUUGUCUUUUGGCUCUUCAUUUUUUUAGCUGAGUUCUUCAUAGAGUCACCUAAAUUCUUAUUUUAUAGAAAGAUCUCCCCCUUCAAACAGGUGUGAUCAGCAAGUCAGCUCCCAGGUUUAACUUGUAUAGUUUGCCCAUUGCUGAUUUUUCAGGCUGUAGGCUUAUAAACACCAGCUGCCAUCAGAAUAGUCUUAGGCAUUUUGUACAUAACCAAAUUGCAUCAUUUAGCUUAAAAAUAUAAUUUUAAAACUAACUUAGGUAAAUUAGCAACACAGUUCUUACUAUAAUUAUGAAUUAAUUUAUUUUGAGUUAGUUUAGGUUGACAAGGAAUUAGUUUGAGUUCAGAGCAAGAACCUGUUCUUAUAAAGAAGAGCAUCUCUGCUGGAGUUGGCACCCAGUUGAGUAGAUAGGUAUAAAAUCACAGCUUUAGCUAAACCAGUGCAAUUCUUACAUGUAUAUAAGAGGCCUUCAUGUUGCUCCCAUCCAUCUUUGUUGCUCAUUAAAGCCCCUGCUGAUAGGUAAUAUGACCUGAAAUAGCAGGUCGGUUUGUCAUGGUAGCAAUUCAGAACCCUAUUUUAUGAGUAGGACUUGGGUGUUCAUUCUUGGGCUCUGCAUUAAAGAGGACACAUUUUUUUUCCUGGCUACCAAUGGUUAUAUGCAUCUGGGGGCAUCUGCAGGACAGAACCAUUUAACGUGUCCCUGUGUACUCCUUAAAGGAGUUUUUCCCCUUUAGCUUUCUCAUAUUACUUAAGAAAACAGGGGGAGGGGAAAAGGAGACCAAAUAGCAACGCAGCAGGCGAUGAAAUCUUGGUUUUCUAGUUACCAGCUAAUUAUAAGCCCUCUGACUCCUGCAGCCAUUGCUGUAACUCUGAUUUUACAAGUUCUAGAAACAUCAGCUGACCGCAGUGUCUAUCCAUCGUCUGUCUCUCAGUAAACUUCCCAUUCAGAGCCUCCCAUUCAGAGUUUAAUUCCAUCUGACUUACUACAUUUUGAGCUUAAUCACUAAACUGUUAUGCUAAAUAAAAUGUUUCAAACUCUUUCAGAAGAACUGGAUUUCCUACAUCUUUCAAAUUGGUAGCAUAACUCACCUGUAGGUCUUCCACACCUUAUUUUUACUCUUUGAAAUGACUGAUUGCUUCUAAUAGAAAGGAGGUCAGCAAAAGUUUCCAUGAGGGAAGGUGUACCAUCUUCUUUUCAACCAGUAAAAACUGGGCAAAGCUGAAAACGUAUACAUCUGUGGAUUAUAUUGGAAACUAACUAAUUUGAAAUGAAUGAAUCAUACCCUAAUUCAUUCUACCGUGAUGAUUCAGAAGAAGCAACUGUAUCCAUAGCCAUGUCGUCUGCUGGGUAGAAAUACCUAGGUCUCCAAAGAAGGGAUGGCUCGCACCUUCUCCAUCUUUUGAACUGACAGUGCUUUACAAAUCAGGAAAUGUAACUUUAGUUCUCAGUAUAGCAUUAGCCUGUGUCCAAAGACUUUUGUUUGUUUUGUUUUUGUGGUUUUUUUUUUUUCUCAUGUAAGAGGAGAGUAAUGGGAACCUGAAUGUUUGCAAGGGGGAAAUACCGGAAGGCAUGUAGACAGUGACUGUACAUACCACUGAGCCAUGCCUCAUACCAGAACCACCCCUUUGGUCCUAUUAUUUGAGUCAGCACGUUUUGAUAGGAGCUGUUGUUUUGAAAUCUUUCCUCUUGCUUUUACUUCAUCACCCCUAAUUACUCACUCAAGGAAUUUAAUGCUGCCUGUAAAACCAUCAGGGCCAUCAGCCUAACAUCAUCACACUGCCACCACCACUCCUGACUAUCUCAUUAACUUAUAUGGUCAAAUCUCCAGCUGCCCUGGUUCCCUGCUGUAAAACAAUCCCUCUUCUGUGAGAAGCUGUGGAAUUUCCCUUAUCGAUGGUUCAAAUGACUCCUGCUUGUAAACCUCUUACUGAGAUGUCCCUUGAUAGUGUUCCUGCUGCAGGGGAAGGGGGAGGGAUGAGAGCAAGGGGUGGUCAUUUCUGGCUGUUAUUUCAAUUCCGUCUGUGUGCUGCGUUGCCCAUACAUCACAGGAAAGCUCUGAGUUUCGGCACUGGUUCCUUUGCGUCUUUAACUCAGCUGCCAGCCUGAGGCUGUCUUUCUUGGCUGCAAAGUGCCUCAGCAAAGGCAUGAUGCUGUCUGUGGGACCCAUGCAUCUGAAACCAGGUGAAUCUCGCUGUUUAUGCAUCUCCUGGUGACUUCCUUGAAAGGGUUUAUCAAAAACUAGGCCAGUUUUCAUACCAGCCAUUUGGUGUUCUGACUGCGAGCCACAUGCUUGCUGUUCUUCCCAGCAGGAUUAUUGGGCCACUGCAAGUGUUCUUAACUACUGUUAUCUUCUUGGGCUUCUAGACUUGCAACUUAAACACUGAUCUUAGACCUCAGUGAAGUAUUUUCAGGGAGAGAGCAGAUCUCAGUUGGGAACAGACUUGAUCCAACUUGAUCUCCACUGAACUAUUUCAAAUAAUCUCUCUGAUCCUGUGUAGAUACAGAUCUUGUUGUGGCAAAUAGUUUGAAGAACUGUGUGAUCUGGGAGAUGCUGCUGGCUGUGAUUUAAUGCAGAGUGUGGCCCGCAAAAGCCUUUCUUCUUGUUUAUAUGGAGUGCCACAACAUUGGCCUUAGGGUAAUCAAUAGAUUUGGUGAUCAUUGUCCAUCAAGAAACCACCCAUUGGGCACAUGGCAGAAAAUUCAUACAAGAGUACUUGCCAUGAUGCUCCUCCAGUUGUCUAACUCUCUCCAAUUCCUCUGCUAUCUUACAUCCAGGUGUCAGCAGCCAGGAAGAUGCAGUUUCCUUGUGCAACAGUUCCACAGUACAGCAGUUCUGGGAAAUUCUGGGGCCCCUCCUGCCUCCUGGCUUCCUGUCCAGAUCCCAGUGAGCCUGGGGAAACUUACUUGUUCUUCUUUCUAAUGAAGUUCCAUUUGCUGCGGGA